AUCGCUUCUGUUGUCCAUAGUCAAGUUCAUACUGGCAUGCACAACCAUUGCCAUACCUUGGUGUUCAUUAUAUUGGCUGAUGAUCAUGGCGUUCUUCUUCCUUGGGGCGAUGGUAGGCGCUACCGACGCAAUCGCAAAUGUCGAAGUUCAGCGUAUUUGGGGUAAAAAUGGUAAACCGUUUAUGCAAGGCCUACAGUUUAUGUACUCAUUUGGAAUCUCCGUGGCGCCACUUGUAGCAAUCGUAUUUAUGAACACUCCACCAAACGUCGAAAUGGAAAAUGCUCUUGAGCAACUAAAUGAAACAACUCUGGAAAGUAACUCGUUCAUUCGAAAUGAAACUGUAUCAUUACAAAAUCGAUCGUCUCAAGCCAGGAAUGACAGUCUAAGUUCUGAAGAAACUACAUUUGUUCGGAGUCCGGAUUUGUACAAAGCAUUUAUUAUUGGAGGUGCAGUAAGUCUAUUUGUCUGCGCAAUGCAGCUAACGUUUUACUUCGUAUUCGACAGACGCCAUAAAACAACCCAGAGAGAAACCUUAACUACAACUCCAGCCAAAUCGAGGCUGCCUUUGUCUCUGCAGGUUCAGGCCAUAUUACAUAUGGCGGGAAUACAGGCUUUGCUUACUGGUAUAGACGAUACUUGGAUCGCAUUUCUUACAGUAUUUUGUGUUAAAAUGUUUGAUUGGACAAAAGCUCAGGGCGCACUGUUAACAUCAGUCAGCAGUUUCGUGGCCGUUGCUGGCAGAUUCAUUGCCAUUUUUCUAGUUCAGCUUAUAUCUCCAAUAAAACUCGUGGGUUUUCACAGCAUAUUAACACUGGCAGUGUUCAUUGGACUUUAUAUAAGUGUUCUACACAACUCGAGCAUGGGCAUGUGGAUUGUGUCUUUGGGUUUUGGAUAUGCCAAAGCUCCCAUUCUCGCUUGUGUAUUCUCUUGGACAGACGAAGUUUUCUUACCUGUGACUGGUCGAAUUGCCUCUAUAUUUCUAGUGUUUUGCACAGCAAGCUCGGCCAGCAAUCCGUUAAUUCUAGGUGUCCUGAUGGACAACUACUCCAACAUGUGGUUUUGCUACCUCUUUCUUGCUGAGAGUAUACUGUUAGUACUUGUGGUAGGGUCGGCGUUAUUAUUGACGAGGCGAGUUAAGGCAACUUACGGCACCAACUACGAAUCUCGAAGAGCAGAAACCAGAGUAACGGAAGUUCUCCUUGAGACUUAGUCUGCAGUCUGUGUAAAAUUGUAUUCGAGACGUAGUAGUAAAACGCAGGUUUUUUCUUGAUUAUUAUCAUCUACAUUAUUGCAGGGAUAUAUUCAAAGACGUUACUGCUUAUAGCUAUACAAACAAGAGGACCAUAGGCCUUAACGGUCGCCUCAGAUUGGUUAUAUUUAAACAUAUUUGACCCAUGUCACCUUGAAUGAAGGUCAAGGUCAUCCCUUUUAUCAAACUUGGUACCCCUUCAUCCCAGCAUGCUACAAACCAAAUAUCAGGUCUUUGGGCACUUAGUUAUAAAGAAGAAGUUGUUUAAAGAUUUCAGCAUAAUUGACCCCUGUGACCUUGAAUGAAGGCCAGUGUCAUCUAUUUGAACAAUUUUUAUAGCGCUUUACCUCAGAAUGCUACAAACGCAAUAUCAGGUAUCUGGGCCUCUUGGUUAUCAAGAAGAUAUUAUUUAAACAUUUUGGCAUAUUAAACCCCUGUGAUCUUGAAUGAAU